AUGCUACUGAUUUGGUAUCUUUUCAAUUUACUAUUACUUUCUGUAUUUGCUGUUGCAAGUUCAGCUAAGGCUGAACGUGCCCUUGCAAUUACUUAUCCCACUUUGACAUGGUCACCUGAAUUUGCUUACGAAACGGAUGGCUGUCCUAUUCUUUUGGGGUGGGAAGACAGCUGUUCAAUAGGCGAUGCUGGUUUUAGAGGAACAUGGGAACCAGAGUUGCAAACCUUCGAGUUCAAAUAUAUUCUGCAUGUUGUCGACAGUGUCGAUUUAUAUGAAGUAAUGCUUGAAUUUCAACUUGACACAAGUAACCUUCCAUUCGGUUAUUUGAUAGGCAUAUAUUUUAUCAAUAUCCUAUCACCCGGUGGUUAUAUCCAGUAUUCCCAACCUGCCCUUAAUAGUUGGUUGGAAGAUUCAGAAUCGGUUUCUGCAUCGCCAUACCACUUUUUUGUUAAAUGGGUGAUGCAGACUGAAUCUGAUGGAAAUCAGAUGUGCACUACACCAUUCCAGAUUCAAUACCUGUGGCAAUACCAAAGUAUACCAUCUAGUAAGAGAGCCAUUCCUGGUCUUGUUGUUCAAACAGCCAACUACAUACAUGAUUGUAAUGGUGAUUAUCCUCUUCAAUGUUGGGAAAACGUGUGCAUGAAACAACCUGAAACAACCACUGACCAUUACGAAACUUCUGAAUCUGGGAAAGUCUCUGAACCCAAAGAAAUAACUCAAACCGAUGAAGGAAGUGCAAAUGAAUCAGAAUAUAAAAUUUCCACUGAAGUUGAACAAAAUACUACAACUAGACCAGCAACUGGUUCUUUUGAAGAAGAAGAGGGAGCAGUUGAAGCAAUUUCAAAUAAACAAGAAGUAACUGUAACCGAAUCCAGUGAACAAUCUACAAGUAAGAAUGAAGUGGAACUCAGUACUGAAUUAGACGAAAUGCAAAGUAAAAUAUUAGAAGCAGACCCUAUACAAGAUCCAUAUGAUCCAACCUCUGAAUUUCAAAAAGAAACCACAACCCAACUGAAGAAUGAAUAUAUGACAGAUUCUGGGAUUGAAUCAACUACUGAAAUAGAAGAUCAAGAUACAACUCAAGAGAAAAAUUAUUCUAUGAUUGAAAUGGACUACGUACCUUCCACAAUUAAUGAAGAUAAAUCUACAUCCGAAGAGAAAGGAGAUACAACAGAAGAGGACCAAUAUACUACUGGUCAAGAAGAUGAAAAAACAACAAAAGGCCAAGGAGAACCAAGUACGGAACAAGAAAUUGCGCAAUCCACUCAAUUGGAAGAUUCUUUGUCAACAAUACUAAAAGAACCAAGAACCGAUAAAGAUCAACCUGCAAUUGAAUCAACACAAGCAAGUUCAACAACCGAAAAUGUGGUAAGUAUAACUAAAGCGGUAAAUGAACCAACAAUUGAACUAGACAAUGAAUCCACAAAAAAAGAACAUUCUAAUCCAACAGCAGAAAGCGAUAAUCCCUUAACUGAAUUAGAAGAUUAUACUUCUGGUGUUCUGGAUCAAGAAACUGAAACGGAAGCUGAAAAGGAACGAACUAUUGGAAAAGAAAAGGACUAUUCCACCGUUGAGGACAAGACAACAGUUGAACCUGAAAGUGAAAUAUUUCUACUGCCACAACCUCUACCUUCCACCACCACAUAUGAAAGUAAAUAUUCUGAUAAUCCCAGAUCUGAGUCAUCAGAACGAGAAAUUAAUCCUUUCUCUGAACCAGAAGAAAGAACUAUGGGUGUAAAUCAUUCAAAUAUUCUAGCCAUUACUAUAUCAACUGAAUUAGAAAGAGAAAACAUGGAAGACCCAGUUAUUCAACCACCUUCUAGUCCAACUAAUAACGUACCUUCAAAUUCAAUUAAUCGAGCAGAACAAGAUCCAAAAAUUUUGCAUAACGAAGGUUCAAUAGGUGUUAAAACUGAAAAACCACUUGUGUCAGAUAUCCAGGGUGAAACAGAAUCACUUGCAGCAGACGCAACUUAUAUUGGCAAUUCAUCAGUACAAUCAUCUCCAUAUUUAACCAUUACAUAUAAUCAAACGUUUACAACCAUUGGUGUUGAUCCAUCUGAUUCUGAUGUAUCCACAGCAUUGGCACUGACAGUGAUAACUACUUCUAUUGGACCAUCUCCUAAUCCAAGUAGUGAUACUCCAAAUUCACCAGUGACAGUAUCAACCGUUACUAGACCCGACACCACUUACGUUUCAACAGUUACUGAACCAUUAGAUGUCCCAGUUAUUGUUUCCACAGUAACCACGCUUUCGACAACAGUUACCAAAACAUAUACUCCUACAGUUCUUGUUACAACAGUUGUAGAUGUUGAUACCACCUAUAUCACUACUCUUACCGUCACACAUAAUCCACCAACACUAAUUUCUACAAUUAUAAACCCUGAUACUACAUACGUGACUACAUUUGCAGGAUCACAAGCAACUAAAGGCACAAACCCAGACAGCAAUGUACCUGUAUCCGAUGAUACCGAUAUUUCAUCAGAGCAGAAUGACAAAGCUGAAGAAGUUCAAGUUGAAAAUCCAGGAGAUAAUCCAAAUGAUUCAGCCAAUAAUAACUACCCUGAUAGUGGUCCAAGGGAGCCAAGUAGUCCAAGUCGACCCAACAAUACGAAUCCUAGCAAUUCAACAGUUAAUUCAAACAAUCCAGAUAAUUCUCCUGUUAGCCAAGAACAAUCAGCCGUACCUCCAGCUCAAUACCCAGGUGGCAACCCAAAUAAUUUACCUAAUUCCAAGAGCGCUGAUGGAAAUUCAGAUAUUCCAGUCAAUUCUGCUGUUCUUCCAAAUAGUACCCCUCAAGUUAUUGUUUUACCUCCUACUUCAUUAGGUAGUAACUUUGAGAAUACUCUUGAGACAAAUGCCGACCUUGAGCAAUAUCUCGAAGGAAUGGCAACAGAUCUCAAGGUUAAUGUCUGCACGAUAUGCUUAUGGUUGAUUUCUGGUAUUAUUUUCAUAUAA